AACAACUUUCAAGUAGACACUUUCUAUCAGAUAUUUUUUUUUAAGAACCUUGAGCAUUUUCUUGGCAAGCUUCCGGUAAACGCAAGGUUUUCACUUUUACAACACACUUCCAGAUCAUCCAGGCAGAAAAUCCGACCUAACUCCUCAAAAAUCUUAAAAAAAAAAAUAAACUAAAAUUAAAAAUUGGCCAAACAAAAUUACGAAAAAACAAGGAGGAUUUUAAAAUAGGCUUGCAGCGAACCCUACUACCCAUUGGCUAUCCUUCCGGCUUGAUCCAAAUUGCUAGUGAACCUUUCGGAAACCAUAAACCCGCAAUACGACCGAUAUAUCCCAUAUUACCCACUCCCUGGAGGCCCUGGCAUGCAGCAGAAUAUCUGGAGCUCCCCGCAGGUGGGCGGAUCGGGUGGGGCAUUGAAGGCCUUGGCUCGGAAUGUGGCCAACCAUCUGAAGCUCAAUCGCAGCGCCAUGAAGCGGGUGGUGGCCCAGGUGGUGGCCGAGCAUCACAGCCUGGGCGAGGUGGCCGACUACAAGGGCCACAUGUACUUCGCCAAGCCCGACCGCCUCAACUUCACCGAGCUGAUCGCCCAGUCCAAGGAGGCCUUCGACGACCUGCUGCUCCACGAGCCGCGUCUGGCCAAUAGGAUCCAAUCUCGGCCCAUGGGGAAUCCCAAGCCCAAAUUCCAGCCAGUGAAGUCCCCACCCCGCCAGCGGGCUGCCGUCAAACCAGUACCCUCACGGAUCCUGAAGAUGCCAUCGAAGCCCCAGCUGCCCAUCAGCAAGAUCUCGCCCCCGGCUCGGAAACAGCGCGUCCCGUCUCCGAAGAAGAAAAGGAGCCGCUCGGCCCUGAAGCAGCACCACCCAAGCACCAAGAAGAGCUCCACCACAGAGUUCCAGCUGGACGAUGCCGGCACCGUGCGCAGCCUGAACGGGGUCAUCAUCGAGGACAACCAUUUGCCGCAGGAGGGCGAGAACCGCGAGAUCCUCCUCCACGUCCCCCAGGCUGCCAAGAAGCCACGACACCGCGCACCGCGCACCAUCAAGCUCCACGAGGCCCAGGAGGUCCCCAAGAAGGCGCCGUCAGUGGUAGCCGCCCCCAAGCCGGCGGUGCCCCGCCCUGCGCCCGCCCCUCCUGGAUCCAAUCAGGGGUCUGCUAGAAGGGUCCUCUCCAGGCGCUCGCAGCGGCAGUUGAACGCGGCCGGAAGGCGUCUGGUGGCCGGCGGCGCCCCCAGUCCCCUGCCCAAGAGCGGUUCGGCCCCGCAGAAGCAGCCGGCGCCCGGCAAGAAGCCUCUCAUCAAGAAAAACUUCAAGGCGCCCCGGUACAACAAGAAACAGCUGCCACUCCUCCAGAGGACCUACGAGAAGCCCUGGCUGGUGCGACGGCGUAAGAAGCGGCUCUCGGGAGGCUGCCAGAAGCCGGUCCCCGGGAAGGCCGAGGCCACCACCUCCAACGUGGCCGAGAAGGCGUCGGAGGCGCUGGACAAGGUCAACGUGGAGUGGGUGGAGAAGAACUCGGACAAGGACGAGAAGAGCGACCAGUCGGUAAAGAUCAAGAUAAAGGAGGAGCCGAAGAUCCACCAACCACCACCCGCCCGGCGACAGCAGCAGUCCCACGUGGCCAGGCAGAUGAGGAACGUGAGCUUCCCCUGGUACACUCCGUACCAGUUCCAAGGAGGAACCGACACUCCCGGGCGGGCCAUCAUGGAGGCCGGACUGUCCAACCACCGUCUGAGCCUGCAGCGGAGCCGCCGGAACAUGCCUGGCACGCCCAUUCCGUCCCUGAAACGAAAGCUGAACAUCACGAAGCGGCAGCGCCACCACCGCAGGAUGCAGGAGCAGUUACUGCGGGAACUGCAGCGGGAGGAGGCCAUUGACGAGCCGCAGAGCAAUGGCUCCGGCGUUUUCCGGCAGCGGAGGGUGUGGCAGCAGCCGGAUCCCCAGGACCAGCCGAAAGGGGGCCCCAAAAAUACCCCAACGAAGAGCAAGACAGCGUCACCAGAUCGACGGUCGCUGGAGCGCGUGAGCUCGCGGGUGAAGCGAUUCCGCCAACCGGCCGCCUCCGGCGCGAGGACUUCGCCUGUCCGGGCGGCGGGCGGUGGACUGGGAAGAGCUCGCGGAGCAUCCUCUGCUGGCAGCCCCCGUCGUCGCCGGAACCGCUACGUCCCGGUGGGCAGUAGCCUGGGUAGCAUCGCCGCCCUGGCAGCAGAUCAGCCUCAGAACUCGAAGCAAUCCCUGACGCCGGCCAAGCGCCACCUAACGAUUGCCUUCAUGAACAAGCGGGAUGAGAGGAGCCAUCACCGCCAGCCGCAGCAGCACUGGAAGUAGUUCCUG